AUGGCUACCGACGAUGUUUGUCUUUUCAACAUCAGAACUGUUGAUUCCUCUGGAGAAGAGAAGUUGACAAACCGCAUCAGCACUGAGGCGGAAAUCGGCAAAAAAGCCACUCUAGGCACGAUCCGAAACAUAUUGGCAAUGAUCUAUAUUCUGGGCAUGGCGCACAUGAAUUCGGGACUCAUGAUUUGUAAAAGGGCUCGACUUGCCUUCUGCAGUAAGGAUGGUGCUCGUAUUGGUGACGACAUGAGUUGGGCUGUAUACAAAAGAUAG